AUGCCUGUUGAUAAUCCCGAGAUCAUUCAGUCUGCUGGACUGGCCGUCGACCUGCAUGCUGAUGGCGGUCGUCGUAAAUCUGUUUCCAAGGCUGGCAUAGAGCACGCCAUUGCUACCGCCCAGCGAAGACCGUCUGAAUAUGAUGAUGUCCCCACGGAAGACGAGCUUCAUGGCCCAACCGCUCUUCGUCGCGUUCCGGCUAAGAUACCCCUAUCCGUUUACACGGUGGCCUUCGUGGAGCUGUGUGAGAGAUUCUCUUACUAUGGCACCCAAAUUGUUUAUUCGAACUUCGUGAAUCAUGCUUUACCUCUCCCUGCGCCAGACGGACCACCUGGCUCUCAUCAUAACACGGGAGCUGGAGGCGGCACGAGCCAGGGUAUCUCUGGGGCACUUGGCCAAGGCCCACAGGCCGCCAACGGGAUUAACACUUUCAACACCUUCUGGGUGUACUGUGUGCCCCUCCUCGGUGCGUGGGUUGCCGAUGAACAUUGGGGAAGAUACAAGACAAUCUGUGUUUCGAUCGGAAUCGCUAUUCUUGGCCAUAUCAUUCUGGUAAUCUCAGCCAUUCCCCCUGUCAUUACCAACGAGAAAGCAUGUUACGCCGUGUUUAUCAUAGGUGUGAUAAUUAUGGGUCUUGGAACGGGAGGUUUUAAGCCCAACAUUUCACCGCUGGUUGUGGAGCAGAUCGAUAUUGAACGAGCCUAUGUCAAAACCCUGCCCUCCGGGGAAAGAGUUAUCGUUGAUCCUAUUAUCACUCAAAGCAGGAUCUAUCACUACUUCUAUCUGUUCAUCAACAUCGGAGCUUUAGUUGGGCAAAUUGGUAUGGUCUACGCCGAAAAAUACGUCGGAUUUUGGCUUUCUUUCCUUCUUCCAACUGUUGCUUUCCUCACAACCCCAGCGAUCAUGUGGUGGGGACGCAAGCGUUACCAACAACGACCACCAGCUGGCUCGACCGUUACCAAAGCUUUCCGAGUUCUCUUCUACGGCAUGAAAGGUCGCUGGUCGUUCAACCCUUUCACCAUGUGGAAGCGUGUUCACAACGGCUCGCUGUGGGAGGGCGCGAUGCCUUCUAACAUCCCUCCAAGUCAACGCCCGAACUGGAUGACAUUCGACGACGCAUGGGUUCUUGAGGUCAGACGUGGAUUUGCUGCUUGUGCCGUCUUCGCUUGGUACCCCCUUUACUGGCUGGCCUACGGACAGCUCACCAACAACUUCACUGCACAGGCCGGUACUAUGAAAUUAGGGGGCGUUCCCAAUGAUGUGGUCAAUAAUCUGGAUCCUCUAGCUUUGGUUAUUUUUAUCCCGAUUUGCGAUUCCUUCUUGUAUCCUGGUCUCCGGAAGAUGGGAUUCCAGUUUACCGCCAUCAAGAAGAUUACUGUCGGUUUCUGGACUGCCGCAGCAGCAAUGAUCUGGGCAGCCGUCGUCCAGUAUUACAUUUACAAGACCUCACCUUGCGGUUAUGACGCAAACAACUGCUAUAACGAUGAUGGAUCAGUAAACCCUGCUCCAAUCAACGUCUGGGCUCAGACCGGAUGUUAUGUCCUCAUUGCAUUCUCUGAAAUCUUUGCCUCCAUCACAUCUCUGGAAUAUGCCUAUUCGAAAGCACCAAAGAACAUGAGAUCGCUCGUCCAGGCUGUUGCGCUCUUCACGAACGCCAUCUCUGCUGCCAUUGCUGAAGCACUCAACCCUCUUGCAGGAGAUCCAUUGUUGAUCUGGAACUACGGCGUCUUUGCCGUUGCGUCAUUCAUCGGCGGCUGCAUCUUCAUCGUGCAAUUCUGGUCCCUUGAUCAGGAAGAAGAUCAGCUCAACCUGCUACCUGAGGGUCACGUUAUUGCUCAAAAGGAUAUCGAAGAAGUCUCCAUUAGUGAGGAACCUGCUCCAACCACGAUUCCUGAGAAAUUUUAA